CUCCCUCGCAAUUCAUUUCCCGCUCUGUGUAUAAACCCUAACCCCUUUUCUACACUGAGUUGCGCUGAGAAAACAAAGAAGCGAAAUGGGUCAGAAACAGAAGCUGAUUUUGCAAUCAGAUCCCAACGACGAAACCAAAAAGCGACGCCGUGUUGGAUUUUCCGGCAUAGAUGCUGGAAUUGAAGCUAAAGACUGCAUCAGAAUCUUUCUGGUUUCGAGUAAAGAAGAGUUUGAUGCUCCGGCGAAUUUUCUCAUCAAUCCUGUUGAUUUGAAUAGCUAUUUUGAUGAUGAUGGGAAAAUUUAUGGUUAUGAGGAUUUGAAGAUUACCAUAUGGGUUAGCAGGAUAUCCUUUUAUGCAUAUGCUGACAUUGCAUUUAAGAGUUCGUCUGAUCGUGGCAAAGGGAUUACUGAUCUUAAAGUUGCUCUUCAGGCAAUUUUUGCUGAGACUCUUGUUGAUAGCAAGGAUGAAUUCCUUCAAAAGUAUUUGGUGGACAAUGAUUUUGUCAGAACAAACGUUUCAAGUGGGGAGGUUUUGAAGCAGAAAGCUUUCAAGCAUGCUGAUUCGGAUGCUUCAAAUGUUGAGGUUGUUCGUUUGGUGGCAGGCAACAUGGCUACUGGACAAAUUUACAGUCAUAUAAUACCCCUUAUUCUUCUCCUUGUUGAUGGUAGCAGUCCCAUUGAUGUUACUGAUCCACAAUGGGAGUUGUACGUCCUGAUUCAGAAGAAAACUGAUCAGCAGGGAGAGAUCCAAAAUCUGUUGCUUGGAUUUACUGCUGUUUAUCGAUUUUACCACUAUCCUAAUGACUCACGAUUGCGACUGGGUCAGAUACUGGUAUUGCCUCCGUAUCAGCACAAGGGUUAUGGUCGUUUCCUUAUCGAAGUGCUCAAUGAUGUUGCCAUAACUGAAAAUGUUUUUGAUCUCACUGUAGAAGAGCCGUUAGAUAACUUACAACAUGUCCGUUCUUGUGUUGACACACAACGCCUGCUUCGUUUUGAGCCAAUCCAACAUUUAGUUACUAAGGCUGUUUCAUUUCUAAAGGAUGGAAAACUAUCAAAGAAAACACAUUCUCCUCGACUUACGCCACCUCCCAGUGCUGUUGAGGAGGUAAGGAAAAAUUUGAAAAUCAACAAGACACAGUUUCUCAAGUGCUGGGAGGUUUUGAUCUAUAUUGGCCUCAAUCCUAUUGACAAGUACAUGGAUAACUUUGUGAGCGUUAUUUCUGAACGUGUGAAGUAUGAUAUUUUGGGAAAAGAUUCCGGGACUUCUGGGAAGCAACUUAUUGAAGUACUUAGUGAUGUCAGUCAGGAGACAUCAUUUGUCAUGUUCAAAUCAGGAGCCGGUGAAGAUAUUGCUGUGCAGAUGGAUGACAAUCAGACGAACCAAGAAGAGCAACUCCAGAAGUUGGCUCAGGAUAGGGUGAUAGAAAUUCAGUUGAUCGCUAAAAAGGUAACCUCCCAUAUCGGGACUUCAGAAGUGGCUGCUAAUUAAAUUUGUCCUUUGUCACUAUGAUCUUUGGCAUUAUUGCUGACCAAUUUAAGUUUGUUGCACAAUCACUCAAAUUGUUAUCUUGUUACACAUUGCUGGCAUUGGAAAUGCUCAAACAGACUCUUUGGAGUCACAGUCAGUACUGUAUUUUGGUUCUUUCAUAUGUUAUAGGUUGUUCUUGUAAUUUUCGUAUCAUAGGCUGUGAAGGAACCAUUUGAUAUGCCUUGAAUCGUGAUAACUGAGAUUAAUUACGGUGAAGUUGAUUGUCGAUAUUCAAGUGGUGUAAUCUUGUUUGUAGUAUCCUGCAUGCACUAGUUUGGUACAUCCAAGUAACACAAUGGUUCUAGUUGUUUUUUUUGGUA